GGUGGCCCCAUGUUGAGAGGUAACUGCGUCGGUCGCGUUCGGAUCGCCGCUAGUUUCGCUGGUUUCGGUAAGCGCUUGAUCUACGCGUGAAGAGGGCAGAACAUUCAGGAGCUUUACGGAACCGCGAUAAAUAAGCCGGUCAUGUGGCCUGCCAGUUAGUAGCUACCUCUCCUUCUAACCGUUUUUCAAAGUGGCUUGAUGAAUUCUGGGUGAAUCCGGUGAAGAGACGACGCUGCAAGAGGGCUGCCCUGAAGACUGUGGGUGACAGAGGAACCGAUAUGAUACGUCUGCCAUGCCAGUUGAAGCUUUGUGUUGGGGUCACCGUUAUCUCCCUGUACAUUGUGGUGUUUUUAGUCAAGAACGAUGUAUCCAGGUACAUUCAGAACCUGAACAGCCAGCUGGAUGUGCUGCGGCCGCCUCCGCUUCCCGUAUCGACGCAGAGCAAGGUGGCGGAGGUCCCGCGGGGCACGCCCGUGUCCGGUGAGCUGAAGUGCGAGCCAGACCGCUCUGCGGGGGACUUCAAGGGCUUCUCUGAGCUCAAGCCGCACAUCCAGGACUUCCUGCUGUACCGGCACUGCCGGCGCUUCCGCCUCCUGCUGGACGUGCCACAGAAGUGCGGCGCGGCGGCGGAGGACUCGGCCGGCGUCUUCCUGCUGCUGGUGAUAAAGACGUCUCCGUGGAACUAUGAGCGGCGCGAGGUGCUGCGCAGCACCUGGGCGGCCGAGCGGCAGGAGAACGGCGCGGUGGUGCGGCGUGUCUUCCUGGCGGGAACGGCGGCCGGGGGCGAGGAGCGGCAGCGCACCGACGAGCUGCUGCGCGUGGAGAACCAUCGCUACGGCGACAUCCUGCAGUGGGACUUCAUCGAUUCCUUCUUCAACCUGACGCUCAAGCAGCUGCUGUUCCUGGACUGGAUGGAGGAGCGCUGCCCGCACGUGCAUUUCCUGCUGAACGGCGAUGAGGACAUCUUUGCCAACACCGACAACAUGGUGCACUAUCUGCAGGCUCGAGAGGACCCGCAGGACAGCCGGCAGCACCUGUACGUGGGCCAGGUGCUGCGGGACACCAAGCCUGUCAGGUGGACCAAGAGCAAGUACUACAUCCCCACACAGGUGUACGCCGCCGAAAUCUUUCCCCCCUACAUCACCGGAGGGGGGUUCCUCAUCUCGGGAUACACGGCCCACGUUGUCUACAACAUGUCCUUCGCUGUUCCCAUCAUCCCCAUAGACGACGCCUAUAUCGGCAUGUGUGUGGAAAAGGCGGGACUGCAACCUGAGGCGCAUGUCGGGGUUUUAGCUGUGGGGGAGAAGGUUGUUCCUAAAAGAAUCUAUUCCAUGGACCCCUGUGUUUACAGGGAUCUUAUUUUAGCUCACGGUUUCCUGCCUUAUGAAAUCCUGGUCAUGUGGGAGCGUAUUCACAGCUCCGACUUGAAAUGUGGCAUCUUGAACAAGUACUAGAGCUGCUGACCAGAGGCAGUGACGUCACCACAUUCUCAUCUUUCCAAAGUGCUCGAGUUUGCAGAAUGCAGUGUCGUUUGAAUCCGGUCUGACCUGCAUGACCGGUAUUGUAGAUGUAUUCAGUAGGGUUUUAGUGAACUAUCCAGCCAUGCUGGUCUGUCGUCUGGGUUCACUCACUAGGUGAAAAAGGAACUUGAUCUUUCUUUUCGUGGUUAUUUUCUUCUGUCCUCUGGUGUGUCAGGCUUUAACAGUGCUUAAUAGAAGUUAGAAUGUAGAGGUGGCCAGUACCCACGCACCUAUGCUACUGCUCAGACAGGUGAAUGUUCUGUUUUAUCUUUGUAUGAUUUAUUUAUUUUUUCACAUUUUUACCACUUUCUUAUGACCCUUUUCAAGACAUUUUUAUGAGCUGAGGACAGCUUUUAGUCAUUCUUCUUUCUUUCAUUAUUUAUAUGAAUUCACCCCUGGUGAUCUGUGGAGUUCUGAAAAUCAGCAGGGAGUUUCUUGGGCUGUUUCAGAUCUUGGAUAAGUGAAGCAAUUGUUUGGUCUGGGCCCAGCGUUGUGUGUUCUGUGGAGGGAUUCUCUGCAGAGCGUGUGUGACUCCGCUCGGGCACGGUGGGAUGUUCCCAGCCCCAGAGGCUGCAUUCUUCAGCCUGCAAACAGGAGUGGCUUCGGCCACACCACUUUGCGGUCUCACAUGGGGCAUGGACUGUAAGCUUCAAACGAGCCGCUGUGCGAUGGGACUGAAGGUGUCUGUGCAGGCCUGGGCCUAGCCGAGACAAAUCCGGUGCCUGUGAAGUGUCCCCUGUUGUCAGGAGGACUGCAGCACUCUCAUUCCUUCUUCUGGGUUGCAGUCCACCAGCUGAAGUUAUCUGAUGGGUGUGUUUAUGAAUUAUAGCAGGUGUGAAUUUCUUUCAUUCCCACAAGUGUCUGAAUAUCAGACACCUUGAAAUACAGAUAGAAAUAUGCGUGUAAAAAUACAUAAAAAGUGUGUGUGUGCGCGGGCACGUGCGUGCGUGUGUGUGUGUGUG